AUGGCGUCCUCUCUCCGAAGCGUCCUCUGCUUCCUCUUGACUACCCUUCUACUUCUCGGCUCAACCAAUGCCGCCACAUUCUCGAACCCACUCAAGGACCCAAAUGGUAGUGAUCCCUACGUGGUGUACGUGGAUGGGUACUACUACCUGACAACGACAACAUGGACCGACGUCCAGAUCACUCGGGCCACAACCCUAGAAGGUUUGAAGACGGGCGAGGUCCAAGUUGUAUGGAGUGACACCGAUGCCAGCCGAUGCUGCAGUGUGUGGGCUCCGGAGUUCCACCUUAUUGAUGGAGUGUAA